AUGACGUAUGUUGUGUUUUUAUUGAGUAUAAUUUUUUUAAUAGGGUUUAUUGGGUUUUCUUCAAAGCCUUCUCCUAUUUACGGGGGCUUAGGCUUAAUUAUUAGUGGAGGGGUUGGGUGUGGAAUGGUAUUAAGUUUUGGUGGUGUUUUUGUUGGGUUGAUGGUGUUUUUGAUUUAUUUAGGUGGAAUGUUGGUUGUAUUUGGAUAUACAACGGCAAUGGCUAUGGAGGAGUAUCCAGAAGCUUGGGGGUCAAGCGUUUCUAUAUGAGGGGUGUUGUUGUUAGGUUUAUUGUUAGAAUUGUUUGUAGUAGUGUGGAUAGUAUAUCGUGAUAGUGUUGGAUUUAAGAGUUUAGAAGAUUGGGUUGCUUUUGGGGGCGACAUGUUUAGUUUACUUCGUGAAGAUUCUGUGGGGGUGGCGUCUUUAUAUGGUAGUGGUAGUUGACUGAUAGGGGUUGCUGGUUGGACUUUGUUUGUUACUAUUUUUAUUGUGCUUGAAAUUACUCGGGGUUUUAGA